AUGUCCCAAAACAUUGACAAGGUCCGCAAAGCUUUGGUCGGAACUUGGAAACUAUGUUCCUACGUGAGCCGACCAAGUGGCCAAUAUGGAUCAGUCGGCUAUCCUAUGGGCAAGGACGUUGAAGGAUACAUCAUCUAUUCUUCGGACGGUUUCAUGUCUGCUCAGCUUAUGACACCGGGAUCCGUGAAAUACUCUUCGGAGGAUUUCCUGAACCCAAAGCAGGAUGAGGCAGCUGAUGCGGCGCGACACUAUUUGGCUUAUUCCGGUCCUUAUGAACUCCUUGAACACGAGGGGAAACUUGUGGUGAAACAUCACAUGGAUAUAUCUGUGGUUCCAAACUGGGCCGGGCAUCACCAGUUGCGAUUCUGUGACUGGAGAGGUGACGAGCUCACCUUGGGCCCUCUAGAGCCGUGGCUUCUCAACAUCCAGGGCGAACGUGUCGACCAGUUCCUGACAUGGAAGAAGGUGGUUCCUCAGUAA